UUGACACUCAUUCCGCACCCCACACCUUUUGCAUGGUUUUACUUUCUUUGCAAAGCUUUGCCUUUGAGAUCCCCACCAAAUUCUCCCUCUCUUUUUCACCCUCAAGUAACCUCAAUCCAUUUCAGCAAUUACUAAACCAAGGAUCAAAGCAUAACCCAGAGUUUUAAAACUUCUACUGAAAAUGGGAAUUGCAAGGACACAUGAUGAAGAUUAUGAAACAAGGGAGUUCAAGACUCUUGUUGCCUUAGCUGCCAUGGAAAGAAGAAAAGACAAUGGAGAAUUCAAAGGCUUGACCUCGCAUUCUUCCAUUGUUGAUCUUCAAGACAAGCUUGUUUGUGUUACCAGUGGUGCUUCUUUCUUUGGGUUUGCCUUAGUUAAUCGUCUCUUGCUCCAUGGAUACUUUGUUCGAGUGCUAGUUGCUAAUCAAGAAGAUGUAGAGAAGCUGAGGGAAAUGGAGAUUUCAGGGGAGAUGAUGGGUUGUAAGAGCAAAAUAUCUGUGGUAGUGGCUAAACCAAAUGAAAUCCAGGGGCUAAUGGAAGCUUUUGAUGGGUGUUGUGGGGUAUUUCACACCUCUUCUUUCGCUGACCCAGCCGGCCUCUCUGGUUAUUCUAAAUCCAUGGCUGAAAUGGAAGGAAAAGCCAGUGAAAAUGUGAUGAAAGCAUGUGCAAGAACACCAUCUGUCAAGCACUGUGUGCUCACUUCUUCGCUUUUGGCUUGCAUUUGGAGAGAUAACUCCCAAUAUGAAUUCCCCCCUUUGGUUAACCAUAACUGUUGGAGCAAUGAAUCACUUUGCGUGGAUAAAAAGCUUUGGUAUGCAUUGGGGAAGCUGAAGGCUGAGAAAGUUGCAUGGAAAAUAGCUGAAGAAAUGAGCUUAAAUUUGACCACUAUUUGUCCAGGACUCAUUACAGGCCAUGAAUUCUCCUAUAGAAAUCCAACAGCAACAAUAGCUUAUCUUAAGGGAGCUCAAGAAAUGUAUGCAAAUGGUUUAUUGGCCACUGUUGAUGUAAGAAGAUUGGCUGAGGCACAUGUAUCGGUGUUCGAGGCAAUGAAAACGACGACAGCAUUUGGAAGGUACAUUUGCUUCGACCGAAUCAUUCAGUGCGAGGAUGAAGCCGAGAAGUUGGCCGAUGAAAUCGGGAUUCCAAGAAACAAGAUUUCAGGGAAUUCAUCGGAUUGUGUUUUCCCUAAUUGCUUUGAAUUAUCAAACAAGAAACUUGCAAAUCUUAUGUCAAGAACACUUAGAAGUUGCUAUGGUGAAAGUUAAAUCCCAAGUUCUAGUUUUCACUUUGAAUAUUAUGUUUCUGUUUUCCA